CUCGUCAUACCAUGGAGCAUGAGGACGGAGUAUCACAUUCUUCUCAACUGCCGGAGCAUGUUUGUCUAGAAGAGAUGUGAGGGUGUCAUGGAAGAGCUCAACAUGGUCCUCAACAUCAGGGGGAGGAUCAGUGAGGAGAUCAUGCUGGACGAAAACGAAGCGUUUGCUUUCAUCGAAAAGAAGCUGGAUGUCCCCGAUCCUAGAUCUAAACUGUCAGCAAGCAAGCUUGACUUCCUCAAUUUCUUGAUUUUGAAGAUGCAACACGCAUUUCCAUUUCAAAGCGUGUCUCUUAUUGCCGAGGAUAAAGACACGCGACAUCGGCCAUCCUUAUCGGAGAUCGGUGAGUCUAUGUCCAGUGGCGUGGGUGGUCUCUGCUACACACACAACGUCUUCAUGUUUUGUCUGCUUAGAGGUCUAGGCUAUAAGGCCUUCUUUAAUCACUGCACGGUGACGUCUUCGGUCACGUAUCCCAACAACCACGUCGUUGUCAUCGUGAAGGAUGUGAAGCAAACCGGCGACAUCUACCUGUGCGAGGCAGGUAUGGGACAUCCAACAUUCCAAGCAAUUUGUCUGAAUUUUAUUAAGGAAUCUCCGACAUACAACGACUCGUACCUGGAGUACAAGUAUAUAAAACAUGAAGGGAAAGUAAUGCGCAUGCACGGGGAUGGGGACUUCCGGUCACAAAGUGAGCUUCCGUUUGACUUUUAUGUCGGGAAAUUUAGACGUUUCUACGAGUUGAAGCUUGAACCUUCCGACGAGUUGUCUGAUUUUGAUGAACACUUCGAUCAUGUUUACACAAACAAAGCAGCAUCACCGUUCCACGUCAGUUUAAGGGCAUUAAUCUUCAAAAACAAACGAGCCACUGUGAUUGUCAACUCACGUCUGAUGCUGGAAAAUGACCUUCGCCAAUUCGACGUCACCAAUCUGGAGACUGAUGACUCGCUUCGAGAAGCGUAUUCCACUCAUUUUCCUGCACUUCCUUCUGACAUUGUUGCGGCUGCUGUCGCGAACUGGAGGAAGUAAAUGACUGGCGGGGAUACAUGUCCUUAUUAGGAAUGACUAAGUUAACCACAGUGUUAUCCUGGUAUGAAAGAAAAGAGUGCAUCAAAUGGGAGAGGUUGAACUGUGAUGAUAAAACACAUUACAACCAGAGUUGAAGAUUCGACUGUUUAGUAAUAGUCAGUUGAUACUACACAGUUUAAUGCCAAGUUCAUGACAGAAUUAGUGUCACGAACAAAUAUUUUUUUACACGGUUUUGCAUAACAAUAUAUUCAAGAGAAUAGAGCAUGACAGUUUGACCAAACCUUAUUGAAGUAGUCUCUAUUACAAUUAAUGACAGAAGUAUACUUUUUAACUUGUAAAAUUCAGUGAGCUCCUACUGUAUGAACUGGAAUGUUGGUGGGUAGUUAUUAUUACGAACAAAUAUUGAGUUAGUUGUGCAUUAACGCCGCUUUUAUCAAUAUUCCAGUAAUAUCACGGCAGGGGACACCAUAAAUGGGCUUCACACAUUGCACCCAUGUGGGGAAUCGAACCCGGGUCUUCGGGGUGACAAACAAACUUCGUAACCUUUAGGUCACAUAACAAAGUGAGGUGCUACUACAUUGUUAAAAAUGACACUCUUGAAAUACCAGACACCUGAACGACCCAUUGGGAUUUUACAGAUGAAGGAUACAAUGGAUACCCACGUUGGAAGAAUCUUUGCCUCAUCCCGGAAACUUUUGAAACGGUUUAGGCAAACUGGUUGGACAUUGGUGACCGGAACAGGGAGACCGCGGGUCACCACGCCAUAUCCGCAACCGCUUCCUCACAGUGACGUCAUCAGCCUCGCAUGGAUUAGGUCGGCGGACCAGCACAACAGACCUGACGCACGUUCUAUAGGACGAAUGGAACCGCUUACCACGUGAUCAGGCGUUUUGGUUUAGUUCGAUGUAGACUUCAUGCAUGUUUGGAGGCACGGCUGGACAUAAGUGACAAAUUUUGUAACUGGAACCAUUUUUAUGUGUUUGAGUAAAGUGUGACGAAAAUGUGGACAGCCGAAAUUUACACGCCAAGUGGAUGUCUGUGGAACAAUAUUUGACAGUCGAACGCCAAGUUUCAGGUCGUCACUAUUUUAUGAAGUUGUCCAUUUACUAACUUG